UCCGGUAACAGUCGCACCUGUCGCCCUGCCGUGUGUGGUGACGGGGUGAGCGGUGACUGCUCGGUACCGGGGCUGACAGGCUGCACAGCAGAGAGUAGUGCCCCGAGCACUCACACUGGCGGCUCUUAUAUAGAGGGUGUCUCGGGUGUCUGCCCACACAGCCCUCGGAGACUCCUCUUGCGCGGAGCACAGACCUUCUUACAUCUGGCAGCGGAGCCUCUCACUUCCCAGCUCCCUCACUCCGCACCGACUACUAGAACGAAGAGUCCAUGAACAGGGUCAACAAGGUCCUGCGGAGCGUCCGGAGACCCUCCCGGCAGAAGAGGAGAGAGAACCCCCGAGCCGGGGAGGAUGAGGAGGAUGAAGGGGACCAGGAGAGCCCGGAGGACACCUGUGAGGAGAGCCUGUGCAGCCUGAGCCUGUGUGUAAGCGAUGAUGGGCCGUAUUCCAAAGGAAACAAAGACUUGUCCGGAAAUGAUGUUGCACUUGUCUCGAGACGUCAAAGUAUUCCAGAAGAGUUUCGUGGAGUCACCAUUGUGGAGCUUAUCAAGAAAGAAGGCAGCACAUUGGGACUGACCAUCUCAGGGGGCACAGACAAGGAUGGCAAACCCAGAGUGUCCAAUCUGAGGCCAGGAGGCUUGGCAGCCAGAAGUGACCAGCUGAAUAUCGGAGAUUAUAUAAAGUCUGUGAAUGGCAUUAACCUGACAAAAUUGCGCCAUGAAGAGAUUAUCAGCCUGCUUAAGAAUGUGGGGGAGAGAGUGGUGCUGGAAGUAGAAUAUGAGCUUCCCCCUGUCUCUCCAGAUAACAAUGCUGCCAUCAUCCCAAAGACAUUGGAGAUCACCUUGUGCAAAGAAGGGAACAGCUUUGGGUUUGUUAUGAGAGGAGGGGCACAGGAUGACUGGCACAAAUCAAGGCCUUUGGUGAUAACCUAUGUGAGACCAGGAGGACCUGCUGAUAGGGAAGGAACUUUGAAAGUUGGGGACAGGAUCUUGUGUGUGGAUGGCAUUGCUCUACACAAUGUUCCCCUCUGUGAUGCUCUUAACAUCCUUCGGCAGUGCAGCCAGGAGGCAGUCUUCCAGAUUGAAUAUGAUAUUGCACUAAUGGACACUGUGACAAAUGCAUCAGGACCGUUGCUAGUGGAAAUAGCCAAGACUCCAGGAUCCACACUGGGCAUAUCCCUAAGCACUGGUACUCACCGGAAUAGACAAGUCAUAAUAAUUGACAAAGUGAAACCUGCCAGUGUAGUUGACCGGUGUGGAGCCCUUCACCCAGGUGACCACAUCCUGUCCAUAGAUGGUACCAGUACGGAGCAUUGCACUGUCAUGGAGGCAACACAGCUGCUUGCUAGCACCACAGAGAAUGUGAAACUGGAGAUCCUCCCAGCACAUCAAAGCAGGCUCUCUUUGAGGCCACCAGAGACUGUUAAAGUGCAAAAAAGUGAACACCACCACUGCUGGGACCCCUGCAUCAACUACUGUCACACACAUCAUCCAGGACACUGCAAGACUCCUACCUGGAACCCAAGCUCAAAUCAAGACUACUGUAAAUCUUUGGUUGCCACCAACUUUUCUUCCUCUUCCUCAGCUGGAACUCCUGGAUUUAGUAGCAGCCAGAAUUCCAAUACCCUUCCCCGCUCUGCACAUCAAAUGAGCCCGAGGACCACUAUGACCCGCCGGCGGCAGCGUAGGAAGGACCAUAAAAGCUCAUUAUCCCUGGCUUCCAGUACUGUGGGUCCUGGUGGGCAAAUUAUACAUACAGAAACCACAGAAAUUGUUCUCCGUGGAGACCCUUUAAAUGGUUUUGGAAUUCAGCUGCAGGGAGGAAUAUUUGCCACAGAGACCCUGUCUUCUCCCCCCCUUAUACGAUUUAUUGAGCCUGACAGCCCUGCUGAGAGGUGUGGCCUUCUGCAGGUGGGAGACCGACUGCUGUCUAUCAAUGGCAUUUUAACAGAGGAUGGGACACUGGAGGAGGCCAACCAGCUCCUGCGGGAUGCCGCACUGUCCAAUAAAGUUGUCCUGGAAAUUGAAUAUGAUGUGGCUGAGUCUGUGAUUCCGAGUAGUGGUACAUUCCAUGUUAAGCUGCCAAAAAAGAGAGGUGUGGAGCUAGGCAUUACCAUCAGCUCCAGCAGAAAAUCUGGUGAACCUUUAAUUAUAUCAGACAUCAAGAAGGGCAGCGUGGCACACAGAACUGGCACCUUAGAGCCCGGUGACAAGCUGUUAGCAAUAGAUAACAUCCGCCUUGACAACUGUUCAAUGGAAGAUGCUGUGCAGAUCCUGCGCCAGUGCGAGGAGCUCGUCAAACUCAAGAUUCGCAAGGAUGAAGACAAUUCAGACGAGCAGGAAACGACAGGAGCGAUCAUUUAUACAGUGGAGCUGAAAAGAUAUGGUGGGCCUUUGGGUAUAACGAUAUCGGGGACUGAAGAACCCUUUGAUCCUAUUGUUAUUUCUGGCCUCACAAAGAGAGGGCUGGCUGAAAGAACUGGAGCAAUUCAUAUUGGAGAUCGGAUUUUGGCUAUUAACAGUGUGAGUCUAAAGGGAAAACCACUGAGCGAGGCCAUUCACUUGCUGCAGAUGGCUGGAGAGACUGUGACCCUCAAGAUAAAGAAGCAAGCAGAGAGGACACAUUCUCAGAAGCUCUCUGAUGGUUUAAAUGAAGGAAGUGACCCUGAAGACGACCUUACCGACUCUCAGAAGACCAGCAAGCUAUCUGAGAUGUAUUCUACUACUAUUCCCAGUGUGGAUAGUGCUCUGGAAUCUUGGGAUGGGUCUGGCAUUGAUACAGGAUAUGGAAGCCAUGGUAACUAUAUGCAUCAGGCUGUGGGAAUUUCACUACAUCCUCACGAGUGGAGAACAAGCCGGCAGAAGAUGAAUACUCCACCGGUUGAACACAGGAAGAGUUAUCCCUUCCUGGAUGGCAGUUUCAAUGAGGAGGAGUGGGACAAGCCAGCUCGAUACCCCAGCCAGCCCAAUGGCCUGGAGAAUGAGCAUGAUGAUAGUUUCUGGCGAGUGUUCGGAGAAGCUUUGGAAGACCUAGAAACAUGUGGACAGUCAGAACUCCUCAGGGAGAUUGAGGCUUCCAUCAUGACCGGCAGUGUGCAAAGUAUUGGUCUUGAAGGCAGCAAACUGCUUCUAGAAAACUCCAAUCAAAGUAGCCGCUUCCUGCUUCGGAAAGGAGGUUCCCACCACUCUAAAAACAGCCCUAAAAAAGAGAACAAGCAUAACCAGGACACCAAAAUCCUGAAAGACGAGGGUCAAGACAUGUCUGCUGCAGAACUACUGAAGGUCACUGUGAUGAAAGACUUGGAGACAGAUGAUUUUGGGUUCAGCGUCUCUGAUGGGCUUUUGGAGAAAGGUGUUUAUGUCAAUAUGAUCCGUCCUGGGGGUCCAGCAGACAGGAGCGGUCUUCAGCCAUAUGACAGGAUCCUGCAGGUGAACCACGUGCGCACACGAGAUUUUGACUGUUGCCUGGCAGUGCCUCUCUUGUCUGAUGCUGGGGACAGGUUAGACCUGGUUAUCAGCCGGAAACCUCUGUCUGGUGGGGUUCGGGAGGAGACCCUUAAACACCCCACUAGUUUAGAAUCCAAGACAAGCACAAAGACCCUUUGAGGAGCCUAAAAUAUGACUUUUCUGUAUCCCUUAACCCAGAAGAAGCAGCCAAUCAGAAUAUGUGGCAUUUCCUUUGAAGCGCACAUUGGCUAUGUUCUCAUCUUAUUUUUACUUUUUUAGCAGUUUUACUUUACCCCUUUUUUGCUUUUUCUUUGACAUAUUCGCUAGGAUGUCGGCAUAACCUUACUUGUGGUUGGAAAGUCAUCCCUCUCUCAUGGUG